AUGGCUUCUGAGAGCAUUAACUUGCUCAAGCAACAGUGUGGAGCUUACAUCGACUCCCUCCUCCUUGAGGGACAACUUGAUGAGCAAUUCAAGCAGGUUCAAAUGCUGCAAGAUGCCAACAAUCCUGGUUUUGUAAUAUCUGUGAUUAACAUAUUUUGUGAGGAUUUUGAGAACAUAUUAGCAGAACUAAGCCAAUUGUUGGAUAAAGAGACACCUGAUUAUGGAAAAGUUGAUGUGUCUGUUUACCGAUUGAAGGGAAGCAGUGCAAGUAUGGGUGCUCAUCAAGUUAAGUUGGCUUGUACCAUGCUAUGUAGCUGUUGUGAUGCAGCAAAUAAAGAUGGGUGUAAAGGUGAAUUGAACACUGUCAAGCAAAAAUUUUACAUUCUAAAAGAUAAAUUGCAAACUCUGAUUCAGCUGGAACGGAGAAUUCAGGAACUUGAGAAUGGUGUUGCUUGA